CAAAAAUUUCAAGGCAACUGUCCACUCCCGGCGGCUCGCCCCUCGCCUCUGUUUUCGUCUCGCUCGUUCGUUGUAAAUCAAACCAAGCAAGCAAGUUCUUGUUUGUAGGGCUGGUUAUUGUAUUGAUAAACGUAAUGAAGUUCUUAUCAUCUAGCUAAAUUCGCAGUUUGGUAUAUCACGGUGCGGAGCGCCACUCGUUCUUCACUUCCACCAGUCGUUAAGUGCAGUGAAUCGUGGGCUGACGUAUCCAGUUGUAUCUAAUUACACAUUUUGGUGUUUAUAAUGGCAGAUUUACCUAAGAGCAGGGUUUGCAUUAUAGGAUCCGGAAAUUGGGGUUCAGCAAUAGCAAAAAUUGUUGGAAGAAAUGCAGCAAGACUCCCUAACUUUGAAGAUAGAGUCACCAUGUGGGUGUAUGAAGAAAUUAUUGAGGGCAAGAAACUGACUGAAAUAAUCAAUGACACCCAUGAAAAUAUCAAAUAUCUUCCAGGACACAAGUUGCCCCCUAAUGUUGUGGCCGUUCCUGACGUAGUGGACGCAGCGAAAGACGCCGACCUCCUUAUCUUCGUAGUUCCCCACCAGUUUGUAAGGACUAUUUGCUCCACACUUUUGGGUAAAAUUAAGCCCACUGCAGCAGCUCUUUCAUUGAUUAAGGGAUUCGACAUUGCGGAAGGCGGUGGCAUUGACCUAAUUUCGCACAUUAUCACAAGAUGUCUGAAAAUCCCUUGCGCAGUGCUAAUGGGUGCCAACAUCGCUUCGGAGGUGGCUGAUGAGAAAUUCUGCGAGACAACUAUCGGUUGCCGCGAUGUGACUCUCGCGCCGAUGAUGCGGGACAUCAUUCAGACGGAGUACUUCAGAGUGGUCGUGGUUGACGAUGAGGAUGCCGUCGAAAUCUGCGGCGCUCUCAAGAACAUAGUAGCAGUAGGCGCCGGCUUCGUUGACGGUCUCGGUUACGGUGACAACACGAAGGCGGCCGUCAUCAGGUUGGGGCUCAUGGAAAUGAUCAAAUACGUGGACGUGUUCUACCCCGGCAGCAAACUCAGCACCUUCUUCGAAUCCUGCGGAGUCGCCGACCUUAUCACUACAUGCUACGGUGGCCGAAACAGGCGCGUGGCGGAAGCAUUUGUAAAGACGGGACGUUCCAUAAAAGAGCUCGAAGAUGAGAUGUUAAAUGGACAGAAGCUCCAGGGGCCCAUCACGGCCGAAGAGGUCAACCAUAUGCUCGCCAACAAAAAUAUGGAGGGCAAAUUCCCUCUGUUCACGGCAGUAUACCGCAUCUGCCGAGGCGAGCUGAAGGCAAGCGAUUUCAUCGACUGCAUCCGCAGCCAUCCAGAGCACAUGAGACAGCCGUCGCCAAAAUGUUCUCUGUGACCGGCGUGGCGUGCCUCAGUGCUUGCCCUCACCUCACAACUGUCACAUCGUCUGCUGCACACUCCUCACUUGUCGUUAUCAGAAACAGCAAUGUAUAUGUUGAUGAUCUUUAUGAGCCAAUUAACGAAACCAUAAUUUAUUGCGAUAAGAGGUCAUGACCCUAUCACGACUAUGGAAACGUGUAAUGGAACGGAACAUUUUCGGGCCUAAACUUAGGCGAUUUUAUCUUGGUUUAUUUAGGUAUAGCUUGCUAUCUAAAAAAUUUACAGUGGCAAUUCUAACACACUUAUUAUGUAAUAAAAACUUUUAAUUGGUUUUAAAUAUUGAUCUCAAUGAAGUUAACAUUUAAAACAUAAUAAUAAGUCCCAGAAAUAAAGAAUUGUAAAAUUAUUUUAACUAAAAUCACAGCUUACAUAAUUUACACUUCUGAUGACCUCUGCGUAGUGAAGUAACAUCACCAAUUUUCUCUUGUCAUAUAAAUUAUGGUUUCCAAAAGGUAUGAUAAGAUGAUCGCUGUUUAAUUUUGGUUAGUUUAUCGUCUUCUAUACAACGUAUAACAUGGACGUCUUUAAUUUAUGAAUAAAGCAACCUUACAAAAUCUAGUGUUAUUUGAUACAUAUAUCUAAAUUAUGUACUAAUUACAAUUAUACGUUGUUAGAAGACGGAUUCCACUUCAUUAUUUUAUGCACAUGAUAUACGUGUUAUCAGUAAAAAAAUCAUUGACGAUUUUUGGAGAUGAGCGACAUCGAGCCAUCUAUUUUUUUUUAUUAUGGCCGCUGUUGCAAAAUAUGAUGACGGUUAUUAUAUUGUGCAUGUCUUUCAGUUUAUUGAUUCAUAUGUUAUAAUCACAAAACAUCUUGUAGAGAAUUUUUGUCAAUGUUGAACAACUUCUAGCAUACGCAUUUAUGCUUAUUUUUUUCGUAAGUCUACGAUGUUUUAACAAUGUAAGUGUACUCCUAAUUAAGUGUUCAGUUGUUUUUUCAAGUUUGUUGAUUUGUAUUUCAUAUUAAUUAUCAUAUUUCCAAACACUUGUUUUAACAUGUAACAGGUAAACUGGUUGAUUUUAACUGCAUGUUAUUUUGUUAUUUUUAUGUGAGAAAAUGGAUUUAGUAACGCUAGUAGAAAAUAUAUUAAUAUUGAAUGACAUUUGGAGAUAUUUUUUGAAAAAAAUAGAGAAUAUUAAUUUAAUGCUGACGCUGAGUUAGUUAUUUUGUUUUAAUAAUUUUGUCGAUUGUGCAACAUACAACAUACGAGUAAUGAUACAAGUCAUAUUGUUGCGAGAGGAAGAACAUUACUUGUGUUUUAUGAAAAUUUAGCCAUUAGGCCUAGUCAAAAAAUUCCUAAGUCAGUCUCGCGUACAACUUUUGUUCACUUUAAUUUAAUUAGUAAUUAACACGGGCUUUGUAAAUUAAUAGCAUUACUAAUUUAUCGAUAGUUGUAUGUUUAACUGUCAUGUCACCCACCAGAUUUAUGAAUUAAAAUAGUUUCAUACUACAUGAGGUUUCAUAAUAAAUCAUUCAAAACGACAGAA